AUGUCAUGUGAUUAUCAAGGCAAUUUUCUAGAAUCCGAUGAGUUCUAUGCCACUUUGUUACAUUUUCUCUCCAUUUUACAAGCUCCGAUGCACAUUUUUGGUAUUUAUAUUAUUUUGAAAAAGACUCCAAAAUCAAUGGAAAAAGUGAAAUUUCCAAUUCUUCUCUUGCACUUGAUAACUGCUUGGUGUGAUUUCUUUAUUUCGAUUUUGUCCACACCAGUUUUUUUGUUUCCUGCCACUGCUGGAUAUGUAAUGGGUAUAAUGGAUUACAUUCUACCCACAUGGCUGUUCUGUUACAUUGGAUUCGUUUCUAUUAGUCUGAUUGGGCCGUCACUAACUUUAUUGUUCGAAAACCGUUAUAAUUUUCUGGUACGCAAAGAUUCGGAAUGUCAAAGUCGUAAAGUGAAGAGGAUUCUUCACAUUUCCCUCAAUAUAAUCUUCGCAUUUCUAAUAGUAUAUCCUCCAUUCCAAAAUCAUUCUGCUGUUCCUGAUUUUCGGGAAAUCCUUCAUCAAGAAUUUCCUUGUCUUCCUGAAAAAAUAGUUCGACAUCCACGACUUUAUUUUAUGAUAGCCAGUACUUCAACCGCAUUUAUAUGUCUUUCAUUUGAUCUUCUACUCCCUACAAUCCAAGUUUUCUUUUUCUUUUUCUCCACCACUUUCCAUCUCUACAGAAACUCAAAAUCUCGUUCCUCAAAAACCACUAAACUUCAGAAUCAAUUUUUCAGAGCAAUGUGUAUUCAAGUAUGUCUUCCUUUUACUGUAAUCGUGGUUCCCGGAUUUUAUUUUGUUUAUAUUUUUGCAACCGGUUACCUUAACCUAGCAUUCAAUAAUUUGACUGUAAUUUUGGUCACCUCUCAUGGUGCAUUUUCCACUAUAGUUAUGCUUAUUGUGCACCAGCCAUAUCGAAUUGCCACGUUGCAAAUCUUGAAAAUACGGAAAAUAGAAACACCGACAUUUGCGAGCACCACUCAUUAUAUUAGUUGUUAA